CUGACUCACUUUGUGGACCCUUGUUCUUCCAGCUGUUAUGGUUUUCUGCUAAAGCUGUGCACUCACAGCCUGGGACGCAGACAGAUGCCUAGGACAGGUUGGAUUUCAGUCUUAAUUCUGUAAUCAGAAAAUCUCAAGACUCUGAAUUUGUUAUCAUAAGAUUUUCUCUACUGUGUUGCCUAAAGCUUCUUCACAUCUACCGUGUGGUUUUAUUGCUUCAGUUUCACAAGAAGUUAUAGAAGAUAACAGCUUGUCAUCUCAUAAACAGAUUUUGUCAGUUUUGGCUUAGAGAUCCUCAAGAGUUUCUUGUUAAGAACCCUUUUAUAAUUAUGUGAGACAGUGAAGAUAAUGGUGUAAAAAGAUUCUCUUCAUAUGUUUCUUGUUCAACAAUUUUCAUUGUAAAUAGACAAAAUGAGUCUGGGAAGUCUUCCAGUCAUAAAAAACCUGGUUUCUCGAUCCAGACGAGAACGGGUGCCACUAACAUCAGAAAUGAUCAGUCCUCCUCUGGGUGAUUUUCGGCACACAAUGCAUGUAGGGCGAAAAGGAGAAGUCUUUGGGGAUACCUCUUUUCUCACCCACUGUCAUGAGAAACACAGGCACACUCGUUGGAACUACAUUACCAAGAAACUACGCCAGGCUCGAUGGAUGUCUCCUGAAAGCCAAUCUCCUGGGCAUCCAGUAUGUCCCCCACCACCAAUUUCUCCCAUUAUUAAGAAUGCUGUAUCAUUGCCACUUCUCAAUAAGCGUAAUUGGGAUGAAGAGACAGAUGGGACCCCUGGAGAGGCCUGGAACUCUAUGUCAAAGUCAUACUGCCAUGAUGGUCUAGAAUCUGGAUUUUGCACCAUGCCUCGACUCUCAUCCUCUGAGGAUCCAUCUGAAGACACUAGUUUUCAGAAACCUGAUGUUGACUGGGCCAGCUCUGGACUAGCAGAUACAGAGGAAUCCAGUGUCUGCACUUUUUCCUUGGAACCUUGUAGCAGUCUGUGUCACUCUGACUCCAUGCAAUCCUUGGUUAUGGACUUUGGCCCAUCACUUAUGACUGAAAUCCUAGAAGGUAUAAACUUCUCAGAUACUCCAAAAAACCCUGAAGGUGCAAGUGUCCUCCACCAAGAAAGUAUGCUAUUAAUUAACCCAGCCAAGUUUGAGGUGACUUUAGACAAAUCUGAAGCACACCAAUUCCAAUGUGAUAUCCAAGAACCAAAAGGUCUUGUAAGUUGGGAACCAACCACAAUAGCCGAGGAAAUGGAGAUUGAUACAGACAGUGGGAUAACCGGAUCCGAACAGGGAAGCAGAGGUAUCACUGGAGAUUUAUGGGACUCGGGAGAUGGCUCUGAAAUAGAAAUGUAGGCAUUACUUAAAUAUUGAAGAUGUGGCUUUUACUAGUUAAAGUUGCUUUUCUACGAGCAUAUAUGAUUCUAUUUUAUGAACUGGGAUGAAAAAUGUAUCCUAUGUAAUCUGCAAGCACAAAGCAUUAUGGUCAUUCUAAUCUACUUAUAUUUAAUUGAUUGAGAACCCUCAUACAUAAGAAAAAUAUCUACCUGAAAGGCAACGAAUGUUCUUCAGUAUCACUAUUACGGCACAUGAAAGACUAUCUGUUGAAGACCAAAAGAGAAGCAUUUGUUGUUCAUUUUCAUUCCCCACAACUUCUGGGUCACAGAGAGAAUGCAAGUUUUUUUGUUCUAUUGUAUACACAAUUAUUAUCAGGGCACUUUUAGCUUUAUUGUGUGAUUUCAUACAUAUAGGACAACCUUCACAAUAAUUACAUAACAAUCUAACACAAAUAUAUUUUUGGGUCAAAUUACCUAAAACAUAGGGUUCAGAACUUUUUUGUUUGUAGAAAAUGCUGAUUUGUAGAUGAACACAAGUCUGCAGAGCAUCUUCAGUUAGCAUCAUAGUCAAUGGCUGUGUGUUCUUUUGGUAUAAUAAGUGGCUAGCAGCAGUUUAAUAAAUUGCAAGCUGUGUGAAGGCUAUACAGAAACAAGUUAAUAAGAUGCAAAAAAAAAACAAAAAACAUUGCCAUAAAUUGUGCAAAUUGAUAUAGUUUGGCACAUUUUAUGAGCCCCUUGGUGCAUUUAGUUUUAGAAAAAUGCAUGACACACAGCUUGCCAAGGGACUGUGACUCAACAUAAAAUGUGUGUAGCUUAGAGGGAAAGGAACGUGGUCUAAGAUGAAACAUUUUGCACAAAAAUUACUGUAUAAUUCUAGUAUAAAAUUCUUCUGUCACAAGGUAUCCAAACCAACAAUUGGUAUAAAGACAAAAAUGUCUAGCCACGCACCACAUUUAUCAUCCAGCCUUAGCCACUGUCAUAAAUUUCGCUCAUGUCUAGACAGCCUAAGUUUACAUCAUUUUCAAGAUUAGUAAAUCCCCAAUUUAUUGAAAAAAUUACAGUAGCUUGUCUUCAAAAUGUUCAAAUGUUUUAGACUUUAUUUUAAAUUUUAUUUUGCCAAGACAAUUUUGCAUUCAGAUCUUACACUGCAAACUACUGGCGUAAAAGGGUUUUCCAAUAUUUCAUACUGAUCGGUGGGGGUACGACACCAGGGAUCCCUGCCAAUCAGCUUUUUGAGAAGUCACCUUCUUGCAGGUUAACAAGCACA